CCUAAGAUCACAACGACCACAUAUGCAGGAGGAAGCCGAACGUCAGCACUUCCUUCUCUCCCACGCUGCUUGUGGCAGAAGAUGCACAUAAACAAUGAAGGCUCUCUGACAAAGGAAGGGAAAAGGAACAUUUAUCAUAAUAAAAUUUUGAAGUGGCAGAGCCCAAAACAAGCGGCGGCAGGGAUCACCGUGGUACUAACUAAAUAAAUAGCGAGGGGGGAAGAUGUUGAGCGCAACGUCCUCCACCUCCACCAUCUUCACCUCCUUCCGUUCCCACACUCCUGCUCCUCUGCUUCCCAGAUUCCACCGGUUUGGCUUGUUGGGUGCUCGAGGUUCUGGUCAGCAUCUCUUCUUUCCCUCCCUCUGCACCAAAUUACGUCCUAGAAUGUCGGUUUCUGGCGCAGCAAACCUGUCUGUCAGAGCUUCAGCGGAGCGUCUCAAGAAUGCGGAAGAGUUGAUAAACUCCGUCGAGACUUUUAUCUUCGAUUGCGAUGGAGUGAUAUGGAAAGGAGACAAACUGAUUGAUGGGGUGCCAGAAACUUUGGACAUGCUCAGAGCAAAGGGUAAAAGAUUAGUCUUUGUGACAAAUAACUCAACCAAGUCCAGGAAACAGUACGGAAAGAAGUUUGAGACACUUGGGCUCAGUGUUUCGGAGGAAGAGAUAUUUGCAUCAUCCUUUGCUGCAGCUGCUUAUCUGAAGUCUAUUGAUUUCCCCAAAGAAAAGAAGGUUUAUGUUAUUGGAGAGGAGGGUAUACUGAAGGAACUAGAACUUGCAGGGUUUCAAUACCUUGGUGGUCCGGCAGAUGGUGAAAAAAAAAUAGAGCUGAAGCCUGGGUUUUAUAUGGAGCAUGAUGAGAACGUUGGAGCUGUUGUUGUUGGGUUCGAUCGUUAUUUCAACUAUUAUAAAAUUCAGUAUGGGACACUCUGUAUACGUGAGAAUCCUGGUUGUCUUUUUAUUGCCACAAACCGUGAUGCUGUAACUCACCUCACUGAUGCUCAGGAGUGGGCAGGUGGUGGCUCAAUGGUUGGUGCACUACGUGGAUCUACUCAAAAGGAACCUCUUGUUGUGGGAAAGCCUUCAACUUUUAUGAUGGAUUACUUGGCAAACAAGUUUGGCAUACAAAAGUCACAGAUAUGCAUGGUGGGUGAUAGAUUGGACACUGACAUUUUAUUUGGCCAAAAUGGUGGCUGCAAAACGCUUCUUGUGCUUUCAGGUGUGACAAGUAUCUCAAUGCUUCAAGAUUCAAGCAACUCAAUACAACCAGACUUCUACACGAACAAAAUUUCAGACCUCCUUUCGGCCAAGGCUGCGGUGGUUUGAGAAACCAUAUACUGUGGCAUUUUUUUUUCUGUUUGUCGACCAUUUUUUGUGUAUUAUUCCUGCUCCACAUGAAGAUGGAAAUUGCAGGAAAGAAAAGGUACGAAAAUACAAUUCCAUUUCCAUGCCUGGAAACGUUUCAAUCAUCCAAAUAUUCCGACUGUGCAUCUCUUUGUGUUUCA